UCAGGUGACUUGAAUGUGAUGUACUUGUCGAUAUCUAACGCGCCAUCUGAAUGCGGAAUGACUAAGCAGCAUCGCCGAACCGACCUCGAAACUUUCCGUCCAUCACGACACGACCUACGACCAGCCCUCACCCAAUGUCAGCCGCGAUAUCUUGCACGAGGGCCGCGGCCCCGCGCCUCGUCAUCCGCACAUUACGAUGCCAGCGAUACGCCAGCACUCAGGCCGCCGACGCCAUAUCGGAGAACCGUGAAAUGAUCAUCGAGACAGCGCCUGUAGCCAAAGUCACGACGCCAACACCAGUCGCCAAGGGCCACAAGAACACAAGGGCGCCCACGCUCGCCGAGCGCAUGCACAAGGCGCUGUAUCCAGAUCUAUACGUCAAUGGACGGCCAAUUGAGGGCGUGGAGCUGCCCAAGGAUCGCAAAGCGAAGAACGCCGGCGAGGAGAGAAAGCCAAGGAACAAAACCCAUGGCCUCAACAUCAUCGCCCCCGCCCCAGCAAUCAAGAAAACCUGCCCCAUCCCUGUCGCUACAAUCACCGCCGCCUCUCUCAAGACCCUCGACCCAACAGGCGCCCGCACGCGCCUCUUCGACAGACUGAACCCCGAGAGCGCUAAACUCGGCGACAUCCUGCUCGUGCGCCAACGCACCGGCGACCCGUUCGCGGGCGUAUGCAUCAACAUCCGUCGGCGGGGUGUCGACACUGCGAUCCUGCUCCGCGGGCAGCUGACGCGCGUGGGCGUCGAGAUGUGGUACAAGAUUUACAGUCCGCUGGUGGAGGGCAUUGAGGUUGUGCAGCGGGCGGCAAAGAGAGCGCGCAGGGCGAGGCUGACGUAUAUGCGCGAUGUGAAGCACGACAGGGGGAGUGUGGAGAAUGUGGUGCGCCUGUAUUUGAGGCAGAAGGCGGCGUUGGGCGCGAGUGAGCAGAAGAAGACGGGCGAGGCGAAGCAGAAGGCUAUGCAGGGCGGGAAGAAGAACAAGGGCAAGAAUAAGAAUAGGCGGUAGAGAAUGAUUGUUGGAGAUUGGAGGGGACAGGGGGUGGUGUAUCAUAUUGUGGAAUAAAGGGCUGAGUACGAUCAAGAAGUGUGCAGUAUAUGUACUACGUUGUAUGACAUGCAGAUUGGCGUAUCAACAUACACUUAAUGUCUGCAUUGGACACAGCUCGGAUGGCAAA